UAUAGCAGACAUCUGAAACACUUAGAGUGGUAUGAAUGGGCAUGAAAGGUACCAGUGGAUGUGGCAGUAGGCUGGAGUGGCAGGUGUUAGUGACAGCUAAGCUUGAAGGUUAUCCAGAUCACAGCGCACCUAACAGCUUCCCAAAACACCCAGACCGGGAAACCAAAGGUCACCUUCAAGCAAACAACAGACUGAAGCCAUUGAGAGAUGAAAAGAUAAAGGACAAGCCUGAAGUCAUUGAAGAAAUCCAGUCAUCCUCCAAAUAUCUGUCAGCUGGCCAGAUAUUGCAGGAGAAGCAGAAAGUGACCAGUGAGCUGGAGAAGAUUGCAAACUUCCAGGCGGACAGCUGACAUAUCUUAUGGACAUUCCUUGCAUUUGUUGCACUGGUGUGCUAGCCACAGGAUUAACAAGAAACAAGGCCACAUGAGUGAAAGAGCAGACUGAGAUCCCAUAACCGGUAGAUUUAAAACUGGAAGAAAAAAAAAUCAUAAAGGGGAUUACCAAAUUGUAAAGAUGUAUUCUGCAGAAGUGGACACUGAUUCUGACACUGAUAUAAAGUACUGUGAUGAAAUAGCAAGCUCAGAAGGCCAGUGAAACUACAAACUCACAGCAUUUCAAAGCAUCUGGUAAGAUCUCACAGAAUGCCUUGACAGUCAAAAAGAAAGAAAGAAGUGAGGUGAGUCCAUGCUCAUUUUGUACUUCACUGGGUUUCUCAGAAGAGCUGAUGGCGAUAGUGAUGGAUGAAUAAGUCUGUCACUGGCUUUAAGAAGUCUGGCUCGCUCGGUGUCACUGCCGCCCAGACACAUCCUGCUGGCUGUAUGGCAGUGAGGGAGGGGACAGCAGCGCUGGAUGUCUUCCUGCAAAAACAGCACAAACAGGAGCAGAGGGUGAAUGGUACACGGAAGUGUCAUGUGUGAAGAAUGUGCGGAAUGAGGGGAUGGCUGAAAGACUGAUGUCUGGAGAGUGUAUGGUCCCUGGUACACCUGGGAUGCAGAGCCGAGUAAAGUGCUAUGAAGAGCUGUGUGCCUCUUGGGAUCUGCCAGCUAAGUAUUGUAAUUAUUGGGCCCAGUCUGGUAAGGGUUUGUUGCCCUUCUUUAUCACCAACAACCCUGGGGAGUUAAGGGUGUCACUUUUGGGCAGGGUACACCCUAAGUGUGUGUGAUACAGCUGGGAUGAAAAUGCACCUCUUCUAAAUCCCCAGGCUUUUGUAGAUUUGGCAGUCUCUACAGAGGUGUUCUGCUGAGAUUGUGUUGUGUGUUUUGUUCCCUUGUUUUGUUUCUGUAAGCCAAAUGCUUGGCUGAUUGCACAGGAAACCAACUGCUGUGGGUAUUCACUUCAAUGGGCAAACUUGAAACAAGUCACCAGGGACUGGCUACUACUGAGUUCAAAAAGAAAGAGACAUCUCAAACCUGUAGCAAAGCCAAACUGUGGUGGGAAACACGAGACGCAAAGAUGAGAAAAGUGGAAGGCACAGCAGGGGGAGAGACGGAUAGAACGAUGUUUUCCUGUCCGUAAUUCAUUAGAUUUAGGCAAAGCUGGAAUGGAGAUUUUAGAAGAAAGAAUAUUUUACUAAGGGAAAUUUGUCUAAUGUCAGGAAACACGCUCUUGUGUUGGUGUUCUAUGAGCUGUGCACAGUAAUCUGGGCAUGGAAACACUCCGAAAAAGUUAAUAUGUUACUUGAUAAAAUGCUGCAAAAAGUAUUAAAAAGAAUAACUUUCUGCAGGACAGAAGAGGGAGCAAAUGACCUGUGGGCUUCUGCAUCCAUUUCACUUCUUUCCCCAUUGAUUUCAAAAGUCUCUCAGGCUCAGACAAUUGAAAGACAAGGAUCCACUGCCCAACAUCCCCAAGGGAAGGAAAGAGAGUGUGUUUAUACCAAUGAGGGGGAAAAAAAAGAGGAAAAAGAAAGGGAGGGUGGAGGGGGAAGCCUGCAAAAACAGAAGGGAUAGAAGUCCAAACUUGGAUUUUGCUUGCUUCCCCCAGGCUCACACAGGAAUAGCAGACUCCUGAAAAAAAAGACUAGAGAAAGAUUGCCAUCUUCUGGAAGGAUAAAUAUCUGCCAUUGUUCAGGAUUCUAAAUCUGGCAUAUUUUUAAAGCCGUAGCAUAUAUGUGAUAAAUUUAUUUUUAAACCUGAGCCCAUGUCCAUAAAUCUAAAUUCAGUCACAUUUCAUUAAUAUCUGCUCCAUGAUCCUAGCUUUAGGAGCUGACAUAGCAUCCUGGGGUUUAAUGAGAACUCGUGCUUAAAAUUAGAACCUUAUGAAUAUUAGGGAUUAUUCGUAGUGAAAUGAAUUUGAUUUAUUAUUGGGCUUGAAAACCAGUUGGGCCUUUUGUUUUGCUUUGUUUAAACUGAGCAUUAAGAAGUCAAAUUUAAGGUCUUCAGAUGCAGAGACUAAACGAUGAAUAAAUACUACUGCUCUUCUUUUAAGCAUCAGCUCCAUCAGCAAAUUAAGAACAUCUGUGUCAAGCAGAGCCUUGCUUUUAAUCAAAAAGCCCACAGACAGCUUGUGAAGCAAAGGAACUUUCAGCAUUGCCUUCAGUUAGCCCAUCUUAGUGAUGAUUAUCUAUAUUAGAGGAGCUUAGGCAGUGGCUGGGAUGAAAAUAACUGUGCAGCCAUCAACUGUAAUGCUGGAGGCAUGGAGGGUCAGCACUCUGUAACAGCGCUGCGCCUUAUGCAGGCUCCUGAACCCCUGGGCUGUGCAGUCCCCAGAGCUAUUGGUACACCUGCGUCUCAUGAUGGAAGCAUGGGGUGGGAGCAGCACCGCUCUCUCACACUUUUAUUCCACGUGGAGCUGCUCUGGGCCCUCUAGCGACUGGUCCUUCUCAUGAGAGGUGAUGCUGCUGUUGCUGUUCUGCUGCCAAACAAGCUGUAACUAAGCCCUCAAGUACCACAGGGCCUUUAAGGUUUCAGGGCAGGAGCUCAGAGGGGACUUUGGGUGAGUGUGAAUCUUUCUGUUUCUUUCUAGCUUUCCAAAUUCAUCUGAUGUGAAGCUGCUGGGAGCUGGAAUUCCUGGUGAAAUUCAUGCCUUGGUAAAGCUGCCAAUAUGCGGGACACCACCCUUUGAGUACUGCACUUGUUAGACUCACCGCUGUUUCGCAGAGCCUGUCUGUCACUCAGCACUUGUUCUGCUAAGGGACUCCUUUUUUUCAUUACAACUCCCAUUGCCCGUGGGGAGAGCUGGAGCAAUAUAUAUUUAGAGUCUGAAAUGCACAGUACUCAGAGCAAAUUCAGCCACAUCGGCUAUCCUAGCCCCAUGUUUUAUUUUUCCCCUUUCUGUGAUUGGAAUCUGGCCAGGAAGACAUCCCAAAGAUGGGAACUUGGGGUCCUUGUCACCUGCUGAGGCCAUGUGCACAGGAAGGGGCUAAUUGGUGCCCAGAGUGUUGGUAAUUUCUGAGCUAAGGUCAUUGUCCCCUGCAGCUCCAGUCAGAGAACUGCCAUCUCAUUCCAUUCAAGUUCCCAAACAGCCACUGCCCAGAGAUGGCUUGGAAUCCUUCUGUGCUUCACUGAAACUUUUUACUCUGUGAAUGCUGCGUUUAAUCCCAGUCCGCAGCACCAAGCGUUUCCCAUAUAAUCUCCCAGAACAGCUGUGCUGUGAUUGCAUUGUGGAUUAUAAAAUGACCAUUUUCUACAAACCAGCUGCUGGCUGGAGGGAUAGCGUUUAAUAAUCAUGGGGAGGGAGUGGGCAAGGGAAGAGAGGAGGAGACGAAGGAGAAAGGAGGAUUGAAGCAGUUUGGUUUCUUGGGAAAUUUAGAGACAAGUAAAACCGAAGGCAAAUUGUGAGUUCUAUUUCUGUAUUACUCCUCCAAAUUAACAGGACUUCAAGACUUGCUAGUAAGGUAAAUUGAAAUUUCUUUCCUUUGGGGGGUUAUCUAGGUACUGUGGUCAGUUGCUAUCAGUGUAUGGCUUUCAUGGAGGGAAAGAUUUCUAAAAAUGUUCUCAUGAAGAUGUUGUUCAGAUUUGCUUCUUAUCCCCUACAGUCUUGGCAUCACUGGUUGAGUUCCUGCUUAUGAAUCAUUUCAUUUCUCUCUUUUUUUUUUUUUCCCUUGUCACUGGUUCUGAAAUAAUAUGGCCUUUGACCAGCUGUAACAAAUCAACUGGAGAGAAUAUUUCUCCUACUACUGAGGAUUUAAAUUAGAAAAAAAAAAUGUUAGGUGUUUUGUUUGUUUGUUUGUUGUUUUGGUUUGGUUUGGUUUUUUUUUUUUGGUCAACAUCAUGAGUGGAAAGAUUAUUUUCAAUAAAAGUGUGAACAAACUGAAACCUGGUGAAGGAAAGUAUAACCAAGAAUGAGUGAACAACUGACAAACCACUCUGAAGGUUGGUGAUAUCCAAUAUGCUUCCAGAUCAUCAAUAUGCGUCCAGAUCAGUGAACUCUUUAGUUACCAUGUCACUAAGAUAGAGAUAAGUGGUAUCUCUGGGGUGCAGCAUCUCAUUUGCUGAAAUAAGUGCUCUGAAGGAAGCAAAAGAUGCCAGAACAUAAGACAGUACAGGAAUUUCUAAUGAACUGAGUAUUUUUUUGCCUUUGAUGAAGAUGUUCUGGAUCAGGCACUGUUUUCUAAGUGAUGAGAUGCUAAUCAAAUCUUGCCUUCCAAGCAGUGUUUCAGCAGCAUCUCUGUUGGCCGCAUUUCUGAGCUUGCUGGUUAGCAGAAAAAAGUGCUUCUAACUAACUGUGUUGCUUUCAUCUGUAUUCCUGUAAGACUGUCACAAACAACUUGAUUGUUUAUUUCUAAUUUUUCAUAGUAUUGUCCACAGUAUGCUGGGCCUUUCACACACGUUCAGCGUUGGGUGAGUCAACAGAAGUUGUGUGAAGAGGCCAGCAGCAGGCAAUGUCUGUACAAACUGAAUCUAUUCGUGGUCAAAUAUAUUUUGAGAGUCAUAAAUAGGAAAGGGUGGGAGUAUCUGGAUGAAGUUGUGCCAAACAUAGGGUGUGCCAUGUGGGAAGAGGCAUGCGUUGAUUACAUGAAAGUUGAUAUGUGGGUAGAUGACAUCUAAUCAAUCUGUGGAGUGAUAAGAUGGGUACUCAGAAGUCAGUGCACGGUUUUGCAGGAACCUUAAAAUCUUAAGCUUCUCUCUGAGAGAGAAAGACCACAGGACCCUGGUACACAAACUGCUUUCAGAAUUACUUACUGCGAUGAACUAAAACUGAGAAUAAUGUUUGUGACACCAUUCCUUCUUAAAACAAAAAAAAACCCACCCUUUUGGCACUUUGUAUGAGAGCACAGACACUGUUAUCCAACCAUUCUACCAAAUUUAUGAUGUGCAGAGCUGUGCUUGCUCAAGUGGGAAGUACUGCUCUGAGUUUGAACUCAAACUGCUGGGGGUGGGUAGCUGGGUGUCCUCCUGGGGCAGGCCACUGUUUUGAGUGUGAUCUGAGAACAUUUCCCUGUCUUUCCCCUCUCUGAAAUCAGUAUCCUAUCUGCCUCCCUAGGUAAAGGAAUUAACGGUGCUUGAAGAAGCGUUUUGGGAUGGAGCUGCUGAAGAUAUUGCCGUGGCGCCGUGCUUUCCUGGCAGUUAUCCUGAACCUGCUGGCACUCAGCCUCUCCACCACUGCCUUGCUCAGCAGCUACUGGUGCACCGGGACCCAGAAAGUGCCCAAGCCUUUGUGUGGGAAGAGCAAAGACUCCAAGUGCAUCGGUGUCCCCAUGACGCCUGAUGCAGCUGCUAGCAAUGCUUCAGUUCAGGAGGAGGUCCAUUACAGCUGGGAGACCGGGGAUGACCGCUUUUCCUUCAGAUACUUCCACACAGGGAUGUGGCUUUCCUGUGAAGAGAGCAUGGAAGGGCCAGAGGAGAAAUGCCGUAGCUUUAUUGAGCUUUCUCCACCAGCAGAGAGAGGAAUCCUGUGGCUGUCACUGGGGUCAGAGAUGCUGUACAUCAGCCUCUUGCUCAUCAGCUUCAUCCUCCUGAUGGUGGAAAUGCUGCACACCGGCAAUCCUGUCUGUGGACUGAAGCUCAAUGCCUUUGCUGCUGUCUCCUCAGUGCUGUCAGGUCUCCUUGGGAUGGUGGCACACAUGAUGUACAGCCAAGUCUUCCAAGCCACAGUUAAUCUGGGACCAGAGGACUGGAGGCCGCACACAUGGGACUACGGCUGGGCUUUCUACAUGGCCUGGACCUCCUUCACCUGUUGCAUGGCUUCUGCUGUCACCACUCUCAACACCUACACCAAGACAGUGCUGGAGUUCAAGCGCAACCACAUCAAGGGCUAUGAUAUGAGCUUCAAGGAUCAGCCUCAGCACCACCAGUACUUCAUACAGCAGCAAAUAAGCAGCUACUAUGAGUCUCGAGACAAGCCUCUCCAUUCAGUGUCCGAGGGAGUUGAUUUCUACACUGAGCUGCAGAAGAAAGUGCUGCAGCGGGAACCAGAGCUGGACCUGGAUGAGGUCUUGGGACAGACAAUUGGAGAAGAUCAGUGUUAGGGAUGAAUGCACAGGGGCUGAACAGUGGGGUUUGGGAAGCAAAAAGCUCUGAACCAAACAUUAACACUACUGUUAGCAAGUUCUUGGGGAGCUCCUCCUUUCUCUAAUGUUCAGGGAGUGAGAAUAAGAAAAUCAGGCACUGGAACAAGGCAACAGCAGUGCCAAGAGGAGGUAAGGCAGGACCUCUCUGAUCACAACCUGAAGGGUGUCUUCAGCUGGGAACGACGAAACUGGGGGGUAAAUAUCAUUGGUGCCAUCUGUAUCCAAGCACUGUUAGACAGAACUGAGGCAGGUACCCUAAUCCCAACAGCACUGCACUAAGGAAAAGACAGACUCAGCCCAACCCAGCUGGCAAAUUGCAUUGCUGGGCCUCUUUGGGUGGAGUCAUAUUGCCAUUCCAGCAAUCUCUUUAGUUCAGUGCUAAGGGCAUAGGUGCUCAUACUGAGUUGCUGUAGUCCUCCCUGCAAACCCUAUUUAUUCCUCAUUUGUAGGCCCAGUCUCCUGUCCAACCCACAGAUUAAAGUGCUGCUGGAGUAGAAAUGGGAGGUUGCUUUCAAAUAUCUCCUCCCCUCUCUCUUGUCUGUAAAGGCUCCUAUAUGCACCCUCCUUGCUUUGCCCCCUCCAGCUCCCAUUCUGAGAUACUUUCCGGUCUGACUCUUACUAUUGUGCUCCUCCACAUCCUUUAAGAAUCCUAGGCUGAACU